AACCCUAACUAUUUAUAGAUUUUGAGCUUCUAUUCUCAUGAUUCAACUCAUGCGUAUCUUAUGACCAGAAAAGUUCUGGAAUUCUUCAGUGGACUAAGAAGAAACGCAAGAUUUCCUGAUUCAUGGACUUGCAACAAGUUGCUUCACCAGAUCAUCACCUCGAACUGCGGCGAUUUAUCUUUGAAGAUUCUGUUCGAUAUGAUCUCCAGAGGAUAUACUCCUCAUCUCUCUUCCUGCAAUUCGAUAGUCGGGUUGUUCUGCAAAAUGGGUAAUCUGAAAUCGGCUGAAUGGCUUAUGAAAUUGAUGCCAAGUAUCCGUUGUGUCCCCGAUAUUGUUAGUUACAACUGUUUAGUUGAUGGGUACUCUCGCGUUGGGGAUUUAGAGGGAGCUUCUUUGAUCAUGAACCGGAUUCGAAGAGGUGGGUGUAAGCCUGACUUGGUUACUUUUAACAUUUUUAUUAAUGGGUUCUGUAAACUUGGAAUGCAGAAAGAGGCUUUUGUUUAUCUGGGUUUAAUGUGGAAAUGCUACUUACCAAGUGUGACUACUUAUAGUACAUUGAUUGAUAUGUUCUGUAAAUUAGGGAAUUUAGAUAUGGGCUAUGCAGUGUUUAGGGAUAUGACUAAUUCCGAAAUAUCUCCCAAUUUGGUUACUUUUACAUGUUUAAUUGAUGGGCAUUGCAAAAAUGGCAGUUUGGAAAUUGCAUUUGAGUUGUAUGAGAAAAUGUUCAAGUUGUCACUUACUCCAAAUGUUGUUACUUACACUGCAAUGAUUGAUGGACUUUGUAAGUGUGGGAUGCUAGAAAGAGCUGAUCGUUUGUUUGAAAGGAUGUUGGAGGAUGGUAUUCGACCCAAUCCAGCAACUUAUACCUCGAUGAUAGAUGGACACUUCAAGAAAGGGAGUAUGGAUUCAGCCAUGAAAUAUGUAGCCCGGAUGCAUGAACAGGGGAUUAGACUUGAUGUAGCAGCAUAUGGAGUAGUCAUCUGGGGCAUGUGCAGUAAGGGUCGGUUGGGUGAUGCAAUAGAGAUUAAGGAAAAGAUGGAGAGGAAAGGGUUGAAACCAGAUGAGAUAAUUCUAACCACAUUUAUAGAUGCAUAUUUUAAAUGUGGGAAUGUGAAAGCAGCAUUAGAUAUAUAUAGGGAAAUGGUGGAUCGGGGAUUUGAUCUGGAUGUUGUAACUGCUUCAACAUUGAUGGAUGGGCUAUCCAAGCAAGGUUUUUUCCAAGAAGCAAGAGGAUAUUUCAGCAAAGAGAAGGCAAACAAAAUUACAUACACUGUGCUAAUUGAUGGGCUGUGCAAGCAAGGGAAUUUAGAUGAAGUGGAGGUGGUCUUUAGAGAGAUGUCAGAGGCAGGAUUCCUUCCGGACAAAUAUACAUACACUUCUUGGAUUGCUGAGCUCUGCAAGCAAGGGAAUUUGGUGGAAGCAUUUAGGCUAAAGAACAUAAUGGUUCAAAAGGGUAUUAGUCCUGAUCUAUUCACUUUUAGCUCCCUUAUUUGGGGUUUGGCUAAUAAGGGGCUAAUGAUUGAAGCAAAACAGGUGUUUGAGGACAUGCUGAAAAGAGGAAUAAUUCCUGACUUGGCUGUUUGUCAGGUUCUUAUCAAGGGAUACCUGAAGGAAAAUAAUAAGGCUGCAAUUUCAGGCCUGUAUGAUGAGAUGAGAAAGAGAGGAGUUAAAGUAACAAAAGCUGUAGAUGAAGCUGAAUGAUUGUGACACCAGAACUGGAAGUUGGAGGUUUUUCACUACCUGAAUCCUCUUUGAAGAUCUUUGGUUGAGGCUACCUUAUGAGUUAUCUCCUUCACAUUAAAAGAUCAUAAAACUAUUAAAAUACAAUGUUGAUUCCUCCCAGGAUAUGAAUUGGAUCUUCAGUUUGGACUUUUUGAUGGACUGGUCUGAGUGUUACUACAGUUCUGGUGAGAAAAAAGAGGUGAUGCUCAUGUCUCUUCACUUGUCUAUUUGAUAUGAUAAUUAUGUGGUAUUGGAUAAAGCUAUUAAGUAUGAAGAUGAACAACAUAUCCUUGAAUUUUGGUCAGCAUAAUGUCUUAUUUUUCUAUGAGAUGCCAAGAUAUGUAGUGGUGAAGUCUCUGGAAAUUUUAUUUGUAAUCCCUGUAUAUAUUUUGAUCAUAAGAUAUCCAUAUGUAUUCUUUUAUUUUUACGUACUCAGUUUCAUAUUUCUUUUGAAACUUUGUUUGUAUGCUUAUAAACACUCAAUAAGACUUCACCAAAAAAAUCCAAAGUUAUUGUUAAACAGUGGAUUAGGAGAUCUCAAGUGUAUUUGGGGAUUAUAUCUGUGAUUGGUGAAUGAAUUGUAAAUCUGAAUAAUUAGAUUUUGGGUUAGGUAUCAUUGCUACUUGCUAGCCUAAAUUAUGGUUUGUAAAGCAUGUAUUAUAUUAUAUAAUACACUUCCUUUAAUAAUAAAAGUUUCAGUUACUAAUAAGAAAAAAGAGUAAUGGUGCUUUAUUGAUAUUCUAUUUAUGUUACACCUGCACCAAAAGAUCAAAUCCUUUGAAUUUAGAACUAUUGGUGUGUGUAAAUUCAUAUAUGCAAAUGUUAAUAGACAUGAUGGGUUUGGGUUGUGUUGAUGAUUGGUGUGGCUCAGUAAUUCAACAAUCCACAAAUUGCUCCACACCUUUCAUCUUGCUGAAAUUUAGGGAUCAUGUUCCCAUUUUCUUCUCUAUAAAAGGAGCUUCCAGGGAGAGAUCAAAUGGUGUGGUG